ACUAUGCAUUUCUCUUCCACAUGAACACAAAAGAAAAUAUAAACAUACACUUCAAUCAUUCAUCACAAAUAAUUCUCUUACGUUGUUUCCUCUUCAAACAUGCAAGGUUUCUUCUUCUUAUUCUUCUUGUUCAUCACUUCAUUUUCUUUUCUAACCACAAUUUCAACCUCUACAAUCACAGACACCUUAACCUCAUCACAAAUUCUAUUGACAAAUCAGACCCUUGAAUCACCCAACCAAACAUUUGUUCUUGGUUUCAUCCCCGGAACAAAUUCCAACAACAUUUACUUAGCCAUAUGGUACAAAAACAUCGAAGACACUGUUGUUUGGGUCGCAAACAGAGACAACCCUCUUCAAAAUUCAACCAAUAGUCACCUCAAAAUCGGUGACAAUGGAAACAUAGUACUUCUCAAUUCAUCAUCAGAUUCAGACAACAACCUCAUAUGGUCUUCCAAUCAAACAAAAGCUACCAACCCACUUGUUCUUCAGCUUUUCGAUAAUGGAAAUUUAGUUCUAAGAGAAACAAACGUGAAUGAUCCGACAAAAUAUCUAUGGCAAAGCUUUGAUUAUCCAACAGAUACUUUGUUACCAUCCAUGAAUAUCGGUUGGAACUUCGACAAAAACACAGAAAAACACUUAACAUCAUGGAAGAACACUGGUGAAGAUCCUUCAACAGGUCAUUAUUCAUUCAAAAUUGAUUAUCAUGGUUUACCAGAGAUUUUCCUACGGAAUGAUGAUAACAUAAUAUAUCGAAGUGGACCAUGGAAUGGUGAAAGGUUUAGUGGUGUACCAGAGAUGCAACAUGAUACAGAUUCAAUAGUUUUCAAUUUUUCAUCAAACCAACACGGUGUUAACUACUCGUUUACCAUCGGAAAUCCAUCGAUUUUUUCUAGACUAGUUGUGGAUUCGGGUGGUCAACUUCAACGUCGAACAUGGAUACAAAGUAUGAAAACAUGGACAAAUUUUUGGUAUGCACCAAAAGAUCAAUGUGAUAGUUACAGAGAAUGUGGUCCUUAUGGUUUAUGCGACACAAAUGGUUCACCUGUUUGUCAAUGUGUGAAAGGUUUUAGUCCUAAAAAUGAACAAGCUUGGAAAUUGAGAGAUGGGUCUGAUGGGUGUGUGAGGAAUAAGAAUUUGGAAUGUGAGAGUGAUAAAUUUUUACGUAUGGAGAAUGUGAAGUUGCCUGAGACAAGCUCAGUUUUUGUGAACAAGACAAUGGGGAUUAAGGAAUGUGGUGAUAUGUGUCAUAGGAAUUGUUCUUGUACUGGUUAUGCUAAUGUUUAUGUGACUAAUGGUGGAAGUGGUUGUGUUAUGUGGAUUGGUGAACUUAAUGAUAUUAGAGAUUAUCCUGAUGGUGGACAAGAUCUUUUUGUAAGAUUAGCAGCUUCUGAGCUAGAUAACUCAGGAUCUACUGGUGGCUCUCACAAGAAAAAUCAUAAAGCUGAGAUUAUAGGAAUUACAAUUUCAGCAGCUGUUAUAAUUUUGGGAUUGGGUUUCCUUUUAUGCAAUAGGAGGAAAUUGCUAAGUAAUGGGAAGAAAGACAACAGAGGUUCUCUCCAAAGAAGUAGAGAUUUGUUAAUGAAUGAGGUGGUAUUUUCAAGUAAAAGAGAAACCUCAGGAGAAAGGAACAUGGAUGAACUAGACUUGCCAAUGUUUGAUUUUAAUACCAUAAUAUUAGCUACAAACAACUUCUUAGAAGCAAAUAAACUUGGACAAGGAGGCUUUGGUAGUGUUUAUAGGGGAAGGUUGAUUGAAGGCCAAGAAAUUGCUGUCAAGAGGUUGUCACAAACCUCAGAGCAAGGAGUUGAAGAAUUUAAGAAUGAGGUCAAGUUAAUUGCCAAGCUUCAACAUAGAAAUCUUGUUCGGCUAUUAGGUUGCUGUGUUGACAGGGACGAGAAGCUUCUUGUAUACGAGUAUAUGGAAAAUAGAAGCCUUGAUUCCAUUUUGUUUGACAAAGCUAGAAAGCCCCUAUUGGACUGGAAAAAGCGAUUCGACAUUAUAUGUGGAAUAGUGAGAGGGCUUCUUUAUCUGCAUCAUGAUUCAAGACUCAGGAUUAUCCAUAGGGAUCUCAAGGCAAGCAACAUUCUACUUGACGGCAAAAUGAAUCCAAAAAUAUCAGACUUUGGGAUGGCUAGAAUAUUUGGCAGAGAUCAAACUGAAGCAAAUACACUGAGAGUUGUUGGAACAUAUGGCUAUAUGUCUCCUGAAUAUGCUAUGGACGGAAACUUCUCAGUUAAAUCAGAUGUUUUUAGCUUUGGAGUUCUUGUGCUAGAGAUCAUAAGUGGAAAGAAAAAUAGAGGAUUCUACUAUGCGGACGACGAUAUGAAUCUUCUAAGGAAUGCAUGGGGACAGUGGAGAGAAGGCAAUGCAUUGGAACUCAUUGAUUCAUCGAUUGGAAAUUCAUAUACAGAAUCUGAAGUUCUUAGAUGCAUACAUGUUGGACUAUUAUGUGUCCAAGAACGUGCAGAAGAUAGGCCAACAAUGCCUUCAGUGCUCUUGAUGCUAGGCAGUGAAACUGCACUAAUGCCAGAACCUAGAAGUCCAGGAUUUUCGCUUGGAAGGUCAAGGAAUCCUCAAGAGACUGAUUCCUCUUCAAGUAAGCAAGAUGAAACAUGGAGUGUGAACCAAGUUACAGUCACAUUGCUAGAUGCUAGGUAGGGAAAUAAGCAUAACAUCAUCCAACAUAUUUGUAUAGUCCAGAAACAUGAUAAAAUGUUUCUGUAAAGGGUUUGGUGGCAGUUGCAAAUUCGAUUUUAUAGAGUUUAAUUUUGACACGGUUAACAUUCAUUUUGUACUUGUCCAAGCUUAUAUUGAUACCUUAUUUAAUGAAUUUUCAACAAGUGUUGAAAGCAAAACCUUCGACCAAA